AGCCGGUCAUGAGAAGAGCAUUGAGUCGUUGAGAGUAUUAUAUAUUACCUUGUUCAUCCCACAUCGUUAUCGAAUGCUUGCAUCCCACUAUUGCCAGAGCUGUUUUAUGUCGCGUUGUUACAUCACUGUGACUUAGACGUACGUGUGUUUCACGAUUCCAGUAAAGCCAUAUCUGGGUCCAUCGUUCAGAACGACGACUUUGAAAUAGAGAAAGAAUGGCGUUGGCAGAUAAACUAGACGUUCGUCGCAUCGCCAUCAUUGGUGCUGGCCCAAGUGGCCUCGCAGCGGCCAGAUACCUUCUUGCAGAGAAAAACUUCUCCAAAAUCCGAGUCUUCGAGCAACGUGCCACACCAGGAGGUGUUUGGAACUAUACACCUCUAGCCCGAGAACAAGGCUUUUCAGUUCCACGAACCCAGCCUAGUUUCACCCCAGAUCAAGCCCUAUGGCCUAACGACAAUGGCGAUGUUGAGUUUAUGUCGCCCAUCUACGACCUCCUUGAGACAAACAUUCCUCAUUCUCUCAUGAGAUACUCUGAUAAGCAGUUUCCCCAAGGCUCAUCACUGUUCCCCCGACAUAGCGUUGUGCUACAGUACCUUAAGGAAUAUGCCCAGGAAAUCAACCCUCACAUCUCAUACCAGACACAGGUGCUGAAUAUUGAGAAACCUGAUCCAAGCCGUUCUCAACCUUGGACAGUUGAGGUGCUCGAUCUCAAAGCCAAUAAGGUCAUCAAAGAUGAGUAUGACGCUGUUGUAGUGGCGAGUGGUCACUACAAUGAUCCAUUCAUCCCCGAUAUUCCUGGCCUCGUCGAUUUUGACAAGGCAUACCCAGGGGCUAUAUCACAUUCCAAGUUCUAUCGACGCCCGGGUGACUUCAAAGAUAAGAAAGUCAUUGUUGUCGGAAACUCUGCCUCUGGAGUCGACGUGAGCGCACAACUCUCUACUGUUGCAAAGCAGCCCAUCUUUGUCUCUGAAAAGGAGAAGCCCACCGUGAUACCACCCGCCAAAGAGCCAUGGGCAGCUGGCGUUCCCGAGAUUGUCGAGUUUCUCCCUUCUCAACGUGGUGUUCGCUUCGCCAACGGCCAGAUCGAGAACGACAUUGAUGCUGUCAUAUUCUGCACUGGUUUCCACUACUCGUAUCCCUUCUUGAAGUCUCUUGACCCAACUGUCGUUGUACCCAGUGGAGGCCAUGCGGCACAUCUCUGGGAGCAAAUUCUCUACACCGCGGAUCCUACUUUGUCAUUUCUCAGUGUUCCACAGCGAAUUGUUCCAUUCCCCAUUGCUGAAGCCCAGAGUGCACUAAUUGCUCGCAUCUGGUCUGGGCGCUUGAACCCCCCUUCAGAAGCUGCUAUGGAAGCCUGGGUACAGGAGCAACACGAAAAGAAAGGAGAAGGCAAGGCAAUUCAUGUCAUGGCGUUCCCAGAAGAUGUCGACUACAUCAACCGUUUGUACGAACUGAGCAAAACCGCGACCAAGGCCCCUGAGCUCGGCCUCGAGAAUGAUGGCGAGGGCAAGAGACCGCCUUACUGGGGACUAGAUAAGCGAUGGGUGAGGGAGAGAGUACCUAAAAUCAAGUUGGCGAGCAGAGCAGCGGGUGAUAAGAGACAUGAAUUGAGGACAUUGGAAGAUCUCGGAUUUGAUUAUGAGGAGUGGAAGAGGACGGUCGAAGAGGGGGAGAAGUUAUUUUAGACUCGAUCCCAUGAAUUUCUUGACUCUGAUUAAAAUCGCUUGAAUCAGCCCAAGCUUAGCCCAAGUCAUCGUGGUAAUAGUCUUCGUUAUGAGCUCCUCAAAUCAUUGACUAAUCUCAUCAAUGAUACAGUUUGGAGCCAUGACAACAUUGCGUGGAUCUACACAAUUCACAUGCUAACGCGUCGAUAUUGCUUAAAACAAGUUCAUUGGCAGCAGUCUAAUUACAAAC